GCUCCCGCACUCUCCCCCCCACACACACACACGGUCCAAACGCACCAAAACAGCUGAUGUCAUGGACAGGACGAGACGCGGCGGAUAAGGUAAACCCUCCUCUCGUGAGUGACUCAGUAUUUGUUUUCUUAACCCGCCGCUUCGGUCGCCGCGUGCUGUAUGUGACAUCCAGCUGUUGUUGCUCGAGGGAUGCCGACGUGCUGCCGCGUGCUAGCUUGUCGGUUCUCCAGGAAGUGAGGACAUUCUCAUCCUCCGGAGUAGGCCUUGGUUCAAUAACGUCGCGCAUUUGCUACACUACGAGGUGUCCAUGUUGUCACAUUUCGUGGUCACUUCGUUUAGGACCCACGCUUGCGCACAAAACGUGUACGCGUACUAUGGUUAGCUUAUUUUUGUCCAAUGUAGCCCCUUAGCUCUCAUCCGUUUCCAUAGUAACCUUGGCUCCGUCGAGCUUACGUUCGCUCAGCUUUCAAUCUCCGAUGGAUAUGCACUGUAUACAAAUUUAUAUAUUAAAUCCUCCAGGUGUAGUCUUUAAGAUUACCAAGAUUGGUUUGGAUUUUCAUUUAGAAAACCUUCAUGAAAUGAGCUGAGAGUACUGACACUUGACACCUCUUUAACAUGCAGCAAGCAGAAUGUUAACAUGAAACUGACCUAAUGAUGUGAUGAUAAUGAACAUUUGCUGCAACAGUAUGCCAAGACAAGGUAUCAAUUGUGUGUUUGACUUAAUACCUCAAUAUCAUUACUUAUACUCUUGAAGCUGCUAUAGUGAAUAUUUUGAAGUGGGUCAAAUCACUAAAUGUAAUGUGAAAGUGUCAUCACCUAAUUCUGCAGCUCCCCUCAGCCCUACGGAGCCUUUUAGUGUCCUUCAGCUGACUGUUUUAGUUUGACGUCCCACAACUUUACUCUUUUGGCUCACAUUUUUCAGAUGCAGCAGGCCGGUGCCAUGCUGACAUUACCUGUAAAGUUGCAAACAGUUUUGUAAAUAUUUGCUGCUACGGCACUUUAGCUACUAAAUGAUCCAUGUUCACCAGCUACUUGGCUCACUUUGUCCGUCUUCCGUUCGGCGCUGACAGGUAGCACACAGUGGGUUUGCAGUGUCAGAGCAUUUUGUCAGAAAAGCUGGAAACAAGGUCAAUGAGAGCAGGUACAUAGGGAAGCUGGGUGAUGACUCUCCAUGUGUCUGUCACCAUGAGUGGCAACUUUCUAUGGGGUCAGUCUCAAUAUCAAUGAAUGGUCACUGAAGGAUUCCCAAAUGUAUUUUGUGAUUUAUAGAUAAAAGACUCUCACCACAGCAAUGUGUUUUAAUGCACAGAAAAGAAAUUAACAUUAUUUGUAAAAAUCCACGUGAAAAAAAAAAAAUAUGAUUCACAAAUAUAUUUCUGGUGCUCAGACAAACAUUUUCCUUUUAAAUAAAUGCAAUAAAAAUCCACAAAUAUAUGUAUUUAAAAGGAUUUUUACUUGUCACUGCGUUUGUGUGGGUGGGUUCACAAAUUUCAUUUUCUUCAACAGCGAAUUAACUGUAGCAAUCAGAUGUCUUCUUCCUUUUUAAAAACAAUAUUUUUAUGGAGAGUCAUUCAUAUAGAAAUCACAAAAUGAUGUUUGUGAAUCCCUGUAACCUUCUACAUUACACUUAAUCAUUUGAACCACUGUUCAUGAAUAUAACAUGGAUGAAUGCAGCUUUAAAUCAAACUAAACAUGGACAUGAAAACGGAAGCUGACUGUCCUCGCUUUAUAACUUGAACAAAGCGCAUGAUUCUUGAGCCUAUUUAAGGGCGAUGGAAGAGAAAGAAAGAAAUCAACCACGCUUUCUCUCCUUUGAUGUUACCACCGGAGUGCACUCCUCAAGAGUAAAACUUCAGCGAAGACCUCUCGCCGACUCCAACAAAUACUCUCACAGUCACAAUUAAUCUGCCCAGUGAUCACAUCCUGCCCGUGAGGAACAUGUCCUCUCUCCAAAUGGGGAAGUAAUUGCAGUCUUUGCCACCUAUACUCCCACAUAAUAGCACUUAGACCAUGUAAUUUAGUUUUCACUCUUCUUCACGUCUCCAUCUGCAUAUGUUAAGCGUAGCAAUUACACUGGGAAAUUGCUUCUAACUACAUGGGGUUCAUAGGAAAGGAAACAAGGAUCUGAUACAGUCACAUUGUUCCAUCUGCAUUCCCAAGUGUUCCCCGUGCUUAGAUUUGAACCUGUAAAAGAUGUAUAUUCAGGCUAUGUCACUUUAAAAAAAAACCUUCUUCGUUGAGUUUCAGUCAGUUGAGUACCGGUUCAAAAGGCUCAUGAUGCAGUGACAGUGACACAUUUCACCCGAGCUUUAGGAUAUUGAUGCCUGCUCCUUUUCUGAAUCUCUUUUGUGUGUAUGUUGGAUCUAUUGUUUUGAUGUGAUGUACUUUAACUAUCCUAUCUUAUUGAAUUGUAUUUCAGUGCACUGUUUUUCUUGAAGGAUUGCUUUGCUCAAAUGUCAACAUUGUUCACGUUCCUAUUGAGCCAUGCGGAUAGUUUCUGUCUCUGACAUCUCUGCCUCUAUCCCAGUAUAGUAAAAAGGGGUGUGGAGAAAAAAAAUUAGGAUUUUUAAAAACCUAUUUGUUUCUACAAAGUAAAUUAGAUAUUGCAUUUGAACAUGAAAAUUAAUAUUCGAUUGUUCAAAAAGAAAAAAAGCAGCGCUACUGAUGCUGUCUGUCUUGUGCACAAUGAAUGCACCGCGAGAUGUAACAUUCGGUCACACUGAACAAGGAAUAAUCCAAUAAUAAAUCAAUAAACCACAUGGUUUUCAGCUCUGUGCUGGAGGUCAGACUGGAGACAUAACCGCUUACAAGAUGGGAGAGUAGUACUUGCUAUCUUCCGACUUUUUAAACAGAAAACACACGUUUAAUAUUGUGAUAUUUACUUGGAAAUGACAUACACUAUAGUCACCAGCAAGUUGGAAAGUUUCAGGCGAUACCUCCAGCCAGCUGCCACCGUACGUCAUAUACGUCAUAUUGGUAACUUCAACUUCACCAAUCAGCUGCUCCUUGUCCGCUGCGGCGCUUUCAAAGCGAGCGACAGGAAUAAGUAGAAACAGGGCGUCGCAGUGCUGCGUCACAGGUGGCCAGUUAGGACAUAUAGCGUGUCGAUUUGUUGAAAAAAUCACACAAAAUACCAAUUUUACAGUGUUCAUUUAUGUCCAAUUAAUUUUUGUAAUUGCCAAGUUUAUGAGAAACAAAAGCCUACCAGUUGUAUUAAUGUGACAGCAUAUAUUUGUUAUUGUUUUUAUGUUCUUGAAGUCACUGAAAAACCUUUUUGUAAAAAGUGUUUAUUUGUGCAAGUUUAGCAUGAAUAAAUGUUACACUUUGCCUUUGUGUGUUUACAUUUCUUUUUGGGAUAUUGCACACAGCGACUGCAGUAGAUUCUGCAAUUACAACCCCGGUGUCCUGAGUUGAGAAUCGAUUUUGAGUGGGAAUCGUUCUGAAUCGAGAGUCCAUUUUUAAUUGAAUCGUGAAAUCCUGAAAGAUUCACGCCCCUUAUGAUGAAGGUGAACGGAGAUGAUCUUGGGUCUCUGAUACUCUGGGUAUGAAACUUCACUUUUUCGCAGUUUUCAUUGACUCUGCCAAAGAAAUAGUUCCUAUGAAAACAUAUCCAGAGUAAAAAGGGCUGUUGUUUCUAGAAAGAGAGGUUUUAAAUUGUGCUGGGAGCCCCACAGACGUUGUAUUGAGGGUGGCGCCAGAGAUACCAGAUAUAGAUACCUCAACAUUGUCAAAAAUAAGCAAAACUAUCCGCAUGGCUUCAUAGAGAAAAUAAGUGUUUAUGUAAGUUGGGUUGCACCGCAUUAACUGCAUAGCUGUGUGUUGCUGAAGCUGCACCUCGCAGCACUUGUGAAUAUGCUCUCUCACCCCUCUUUACUGCUCUUAUGACUGCUACCGUUCACUGUCUGCUGCCGCAGGACCUCCAGGCCUGUAGGACAUUCUCCUUUUUGCAUCUCUAGUCUGUCUCUCUGGUUGGUUUCUCCACCCCUUCUGUUGGCCUGGGGAUGAACGCACCAAUGAGGAGCCUCACAGGUAUGCCUGAUCGCAUGUUAUGUGCAGUGCUGGAGCAAUUUCAGCUUUACUUUUCCCUUUGAUCCACUCUCUGUAUAGCACAGCGAGCCCCAGCAUGCUGAAAAGGAAACAGAGCUCACGGGUCGAGGCCCAGCCCAUGACUGACUUUGGGCCAGACGAGACCCUCGCAGACAGCGCCGACAUCUUCUGGAUCAACAAACCAUGGGUGCACACUCUGCUGCGGGCCUGCGCCAUCAUCAGUGUCAUCUCCGUGUGCAUGAACACCCCAAAGACAUUCGAGCACUACCCUCCGUUGCAGUACGUGACCUUCACGCUGGACACGCUGCUCAUGUUCCUCUACACCGCCGAGAUGAUCGCCAAGAUGCACAUCCGAGGGAUCAUCAAGGGGGACAACUCCUAUGUGAAAGAUCGCUGGUGUAUGUUUGAUGGAUUCAUGGUGCUUUUCAUCUGGGUGUCCCUGGUGCUGCAGGUGUUUGAAAUAGCGGAGCUGGUGGAUCAGAUGUCUCCAUGGGGAAUGUUGCGGAUCCCCCGAGCGCUCAUUAUGAUCCGGGCCUUCCGGAUCUACUUCCGCUUCGAGCUCCCUCGCUCCCGCAUCACCAACAUACUGAAGCGAUCCGGGGAACAGAUCUGGAGCGUCUCCAUCUUCCUGCUGUUUUUUCUCCUCCUGUACGGAAUCCUGGGCGUUCAAAUGUUUGGAACGUUCAACCAUCACUGCGUCACUAAUGACACGCAGAAAGGUAAUGUGACAUGGAACAGCUUGGCCAUCCCAGACACCCAUUGUUCCCCUGAUGGGGAGGGCUACCAGUGCCCUCAUGGCUUCAAAUGCAUGGACCUGGAGGAGCUGGGCCUCAGCCGACAGGAGCUCGGCUAUAGUGGCUUCAAUGAACUAGGUACGAGCAUCUUUACCGUGUAUGAGGCGGCGUCACAGGAGGGUUGGGUGUUCCUCAUGUACAGAGCCAUCGACAGUUUCCCACGCUGGCGCUCGUACUUCUACUUCAUAACUCUCAUUUUCUUCUUGGCAUGGCUUGUCAAGAACGUGUUCAUUGCAGUCAUCAUCGAGACAUUUGCCGAGAUAAGAGUGCAAUUUCAGCAGAUGUGGGGGUCAAGGAGCAGUACCACCUCCACGGCUACAACACAGAUGUUCCAUGAAGACGCUGCUGGGGGGUGGCAGCUCGUAGCUGUGGACGUCAACAAACCUCAUGGCCGAGCGCCCGCCUGCCUCCAGCAACUGAUGCGGUCCUCUGUGUUCCACAUGUUCAUCUUGAGCAUGGUCGCCGUGGACGUCAUCGUUGCCGCUAGCAACUACUACAAAGGCGAGAACUACCGCCGGCACUAUGAUGAGUUUUACCUGGCAGAGGUCGCCUUCACUGUGCUGUUUGACCUGGAGGCUCUUCUGAAAAUCUGGUGUCUGGGCUUUACCGGCUACAUCAGCUCCUCCCUGCACAAGUUUGAAUCUCUGUUGGUGGUGGGCACCACACUGCACAUCUACCCCUACCUCUACCACUCUCAGUUCACCUACUUUCAGGUGCUACGUGUCGUGCGUUUGAUUAAGAUCUCCCCGGCUCUGGAGGACUUUGUGUAUAAGAUAUUUGGUCCGGGUAAAAAACUCGGCAGCCUGGUGGUGUUCACAGCCAGCCUCCUCAUCGUCAUGUCGGCCAUCAGCCUGCAGAUGUUCUGCUUCGUGGAGGAACUGGACCGCUUCACCACGUUCCCCAGGGCAUUCAUGUCCAUGUUCCAGAUCCUAACCCAGGAGGGCUGGGUGGAUGUCAUGGACCAGACUCUGGUGGCUGUAGGUCACAUGUGGGCUCCCGUAGUAGCCAUUUACUUCAUCCUCUACCAUCUGUUCGCUACCCUGAUUCUGCUCAGUCUUUUUGUGGCUGUAAUCUUGGACAAUCUUGAGUUGGAUGAAGACUUGAAGAAGCUCAAACAGCUUAAGCAAAGCGAAGCCAACGCUGACACCAAAGAGAAGCUCCCUCUGCGACUCAGGAUCUUUGAGAAGUUCCCCAACAGACCUCAGAUGGUGAAGAUCUCCAAGCUCCCGUCGGAUUUCACCGUGCCCAGGAUCAGGGAGAGUUUCAUGAAGCAGUUCAUUGAUCGUCAGCAGCAGGACACCAGUUGUUUGUUCCGGCGUCUCCCCUCCGCAUCAUCCUCCUCCUGUGACCACUCCAAACGCUCAGCCAUUGAGGACAACAAGUACAUCGACCAAAAGCUCCGCAGGUCAAUAUUUAGCAUCCGAGCUCGUAACCUCCUGGAAAAAGAGAACACUAUCAAUAAAAUCCUGCGGGCUUGCAUCAGACAGCGUAUGCUAAGCGGAUCCUUCGAGGGCCAGCCAGCCAAAGAACGCUCCAUACUCAGUGUGCAGCAUCACAUCCGGCAAGAGCGCAGAUCUCUGAGACAUGGGUCCACCAGUCAGAGGAUCAGCCGGGGGAAGUCGCUUGAGACGCUCACCCAGGAUCAUUCCAGUACGGUACGCUACCGUAAUGCGCAGAGGGAGGACAGUGAGAUCAAGAUGAUCCAAGAGAAGAAAGAACAAGCAGAGAUGAAAAGAAAAGUCCAGGAGGAGGAACUGAGGGAGAACCAUCCGUACUUUGACAAGCCUCUCUUCAUCGUGGGGCGGGAGCACCGCUUCAGGAACUUCUGCAGGAUGAUUGUGCGGGCUCGCUUCAAUGCAUCCAAAACGGACCCCAUAACAGGAGCGGUGAAGAACACCAAGUACCACCAGCUGUACGAUCUUCUGGGCCUCGUCACCUAUCUGGACUGGGUUAUGAUCGUGGUGACCAUCUGCUCAUGCAUCUCCAUGAUGUUCGAAUCGCCCUUCACCAGGGUCAUGCAUGCCCCCACACUGCAGAUCGGGGAGUACGUGUUCGUGAUCUUCAUGAGCAUCGAGCUCAACCUGAAGAUCAUGGCCGACGGCCUGUUCUUCACCCCCACCGCCGUCAUCAGAGACUUUGGAGGGGUCAUGGACAUCUUCAUCUAUCUUGUGAGUCUGAUCUUCCUGUGCUGGCUGCCUCCUGACGUCCCUCCUGAGUCUGGGGCUCAGCUGCUGAUGAUGCUGCGCUCCCUGCGUCCGCUCAGGAUCUUCAAGCUGGUACCCCAGAUGAGGAAGGUGGUGCGGGAGGUUCUCAAAGGGUUCAAGGAGAUCUUCCUGGUUUCCAUUCUGCUCCUCACACUAAUGCUGGUGUUCGCAAGCUUUGGGGUUCAGCUGUUUGCCGGAAAGCUCGCCAAGUGCAACGACCCCCAUAUCCUCAGACGGGACGAAUGCCACGGUAUAUUCCGAAUAAACGUCAGUGUUUCCAAAAACCUCAACUUGAAGCUGAAGCCUGGAGAGAAGAAACCUGGUUUCUGGGUACCGAGAGUCUGGGCCAACCCUCGUAAUUUCAACUUUGACAAUGUGGGAAAUGCCAUGCUGGCUCUGUUUGAAGUGCUGUCCCUGAAAGGCUGGGUGGAGGUCCGAGACGUCAUUAUUCACCGCGUCGGACCGAUCCAUGGCAUCUACAUCCACGUCUUUGUGUUUCUGGGAUGCAUGAUUGGACUCACUCUGUUUGUGGGCGUUGUCAUCGCGAACUUCAACGAGAACAAGGGCACCGCUCUCCUCACAGUAGACCAGAGGAGAUGGGAGGACCUGAAGAGUCGACUGAAGAUAGCCCAACCUCUGCACCUGCCCCCUCGCCCAGAAAACGGGGGUUUCCGGGCCAAGAUGUAUGACAUCACUCAACAUCCCUUCUUCAAACGGGGCAUUGCUGUGCUGGUGCUGGCACAGUCGGUGCUGCUCUCAGUCAAGUGGGACGUGGACGAUCAGGUGACAUUUCCCCUCGCCACCAUAUCAGUAGUCUUCACCUUUAUAUUUGUACUGGAGGUGACCAUGAAGCUCAUAGCCAUGUCUCCCGCGGGCUACUGGCAGAGCAGACGGAAUCGCUACGACCUGCUGGUCACGGUGUUGGGUGUCAUCUGGAUAGUCCUGCACUUCUCCUUACUGAAUGCAUAUACCUACAUGAUGGGCACAUGUGUGAUUGUCUUCAGAUUCUUCACAAUAUGUGGGAAGCAUGUGACUCUGAAGAUGCUGCUGUUGACCGUGGUAGUCAGCAUGUACAAGAGCUUCUUCAUCAUCGUGGGCAUGUUCCUCCUCCUCCUCUGCUAUGCAUUUGCCGGCGUUGUUCUCUUUGGAACCGUCAAGUACGGAGAGAACAUCAACCGGCAUGCCAACUUCUCCACAGCGGGCAAGGCUAUCACCGUUCUCUUCCGUAUUGUCACCGGGGAGGAUUGGAAUAAAAUCAUGCACGACUGUAUGGUUCAGGCCCCAUUCUGCACCCCAGAUAAACAUCGCUACUGGGAGACUGACUGUGGCAACUACGCUGGGGCGCUCAUCUACUUCUGCUCUUUCUAUGUCAUCAUAGCCUACAUCAUGCUCAACCUACUUGUUGCCAUCAUCGUGGAGAACUUCUCUCUGUUCUACUCCACCGAGGAGGACCAGCUGCUGAGCUAUAAUGACCUGAGGCACUUCCAGAUCAUCUGGAACAUGGUGGAUGACAAACGGGAGGGGUUGAUUCCCACGUCCAGGGUGAAGUUCCUGCUUCGUCUGCUCCGAGGCAGGCUGGAGGUGGACCUGGACAAAGACAAGUUGCUGUUUAAACACAUGUGCUACGAGAUGGAGCGACUGCACAGCGGAGGGGAUGUGACCUUCCAUGAUGUGCUCAGCAUGCUGUCAUAUCGCUCAGUGGACAUUAGGAAGUCUCUCCAGCUGGAGGAGCUGUUGGCCAGGGAACAGUUGGAGUACACCAUUGAAGAAGAGGUUGCCAAACAAACCAUACGAAUGUGGCUCAAGAAAUGCCUCAAACGCAUCCGGGCGAAGCAGCAGCAGUCGUGCAGCAUCAUCCACAGCCUGAGAGAGAGCCAGCAGCAGGAGCUGAGCCGCUUUCUCAACCCCCCCAGCAUAGAGACCACCUUGCCGAGUGAGGACCACAACACUAACAACCCAGACAACCCCUCGCAGCCUGAGAUGAGCGGUCUCCAGCAGCUGCUGAGCCCCACGUUGUCAGACAGAGGAGGCUACAGGCAGGACUCUUCAGACCUGGGGAGACCGCAGAGGAAGCUGGGACAGUGGCGGCUGCCUGCAGGUCGCACGAGUGUGAAGUCCAUAGUGUGCAAGAUGAACCCCGUCAACAAUGAGGCUUCCUCGGGGUCGGAGGUGAAGAAGUGGUGGACCCGUCAGCUGACCGUGGAGAGCGACGAGAGCGGCGACGACCUCAUCGACAUUUAGACAAAAGGGGCGCAGCGCAUCCUGCGAUUUUUUUACAGAUGAGCCGGGGAAGCUUGGUGGCCGACUCGAGUCGUUCUAUUUCUCCUCUUGCUCUCCCCCUCGAUCGAUGAGAACAAUGCUUUUUUUAAAUCUCUUUUUAUCCAGGUUCACAACUGUUCAGAAAGUGCUGUAGUCUGUGCGCGCUGUUUAUCGACGGGACCUUCUUUAAGCAGCCAUUUUGACAUUGCAGCGGCGAUUUUUUACCUCUGGGAUAGGUUUUACUUUUCCUCUGUGAUUUCCACUCAUUAUGAUUGCUGAGUUUUUCUAUGCAGCCACAUUUGGUGUUAAGGCAGACUGUGGCACAAGAGGACAUGUUCCAUUCAUGAAACAAACCGAGACGCUGCUGCUCUUUGUUUUUCCCGCUGUUUCACGUCAAAUUUUGAAACCCGUAAUUUUUAGUUUGUUGCAGCUACGAUAAUUUGUGACGUCCUUCCAUGUCAACGCCUCGUCUCUGUUCUCCUGUGUUAGUUUGUGGCAAUGUCUCUUCUGAUCUUCAGUAUUAAUCGUAUGAAUAUAGAUUUUCUUCUAGUCACUUUAUACCAGGCCUCUUGUUCUUGUCGGUAGAA